AUGAUGUGUUGCGAAGGUUUACAGUGGAAGUUGCUUGCUCUGGGGAUAUUAAUAACAGGGACGCCACCCGAUCCGAACUGCCGCGCCAAAGUCUGGGAGUCUGAAAUCCAAGCUAGUUGGUAUCACGAUAACGACGAGUACGGGCAGCGCCUAGAGGAGCGCAGAAGGCAGCGGCAGCCGUGUCAAUGUUCACCUGAUCAACGUCCUAAAGACUUGUUCGUUGUUUACUCCGAGAAGAUUUUACAGGAUUUUGCUGACUGUGAUAGCUAUGACCUUGGGACUAAUCCCCUCUUUGAUGAUCGCGCAGAUGAGUUUGUCAUCUAUGAUGAUCUCGUCAAGUCUCAUCUUCCAAAACAAGGCCCCGAUCGUGUUUUUGGUUUACAAAAUACGCAAAGCUUUGACUCAUUGCUGUCUAGUCCCGUGAGACCAGAUAUUCAGAAAAGACCAGAUGACACUGUUUCAAAUCUCCUAAAGACCACGCCAUUUAAAACACAAGCAGACCUCCUUUUAUUUCCUUUUCUAGUACUUGAAGCGAAGUCUGAAUCAAGUUCACGUGGUUUUGAGGCAAUACUAACUCAGACUUUCUUCCCCAUACGAACUCUUUUGCAGCUGCAAGAUGACUUGCGGUUGUAUGUUCCUGAAGGAGAAGAAGCCUUUGAACCAUUGGUUUGGUUUCUUGCAUCUCGCGGGGACGCCUGGAGACUCUAUUGUGGAACUGUGUUGAAGGGGGGAAACGGAGAGCCAACGAAAUAUGAAACAACCAUGUUAUGGGCAGGCUCUUUAUUGCUUAAGGAUGAUGCGCUACAAUUAGUGCUAAUUGUCGAUUACAUUAUGGAUUGGGCUAGAGAUGUCUACCGCAUUGCAAUCCUGAGACAACUUAAAUCGAUGGUUACGGGUGAGCCUUUUGAUCAGAUAAGUCUUGCCUAUAGUACCAUGUCUUCGAUGCGAAGAGACGUAUCCAGAUGGAUCCCUGCACCGCCUAGUACUGUUUUCAAUGGGUUGGAAACAGCGAGUGAGAGCCAUGAGGAUAAUACGCCUUCGAAGCCGUUAGACCACCAAGCACUACUUGAUAUUCAGAUACCCAGCACCGAACUGGGAUCUCUCCGGUCAGCCUCCAAAUCAAAUUGUCGUUUCGCCUGUCUUUAUCUUACAGAGGGCCUUCUUCCAAGCUUUCUGCAAGUGAUUGCGGGCCGCAGAGACAGCAAAGACAACACAGCAAAGGCUUCACGACAAAUAAUCAACUUUGUCUCGCAGUUUGAUGAUACCUUACUGAUGUCACAAGGAGACCUCGAUCUGAUUGAGUCGCUUUGGACUGGUACGGUCACAUCAUCCAAUCCCGAUGAGAAUUUCGAAGACUUUUAUGUCGUUAUGGAAGCAAGUUGGUAUUUCAACCCUUCUUGGGAUCUUACUAGAGAAAUAUCCUGCUUGGCUAUCACGAAGUCAGCGUUCAACACGUUAAAGACGUAUGCAAAGUUUAAAGUUCGGCACAAGGGUAUUGAUAGUCUGCCACAAUGUGAAAGGCGUUGCACUAGAGGUGUCAUUCGACAGUGUAUUGAAUGCCUCCGAUCUGGUUCACCUUGGCAAAACCUUUUGUCUGCCAUCUCGUGCACAGUUAUAACGGUUUAUCCACUUCCUACUCGAAGAAGGGAUGACUUUACACCCCCAGUUGAUGUCCUUGGCUUUGGAUAUGUCAAAUACAGUCAAGUAAGGUCGUUUGUGACCAAAUUUUUGAAAAAGAGUUUGUGGAAGCCAAAAGACAAAACAAGGUUAUUAACAUCUGAAGUGAGGUAUUAUAUGUCGUUAGGAUAUACGAGAGAGGAGGUUUUCAAGAUGAAAACAGAAAAACCACCCAAGCACACGGAUACGUCGUGGAAACGCAUCUCAGAGCAGUCGAUUAUUGUUCUUGAAGAGGACUCACAUAUUUGUGAAAAUGCAAAAGAUGUACUCUGA